AACCAAUUGUCUGCUUUGUUUAUGAUAAAGACAACAUGGCCUUUCUGUCUUUUAUUUGAUGUUACUUUGUAAGCGGAAAUCCUUGACUAGUGGAGAGCAAAGUGGCCUUCAGAUGAAAUGGUCAACAGUCGUUCGGUGGCGAACUUGACCAUUUUCGUGCGCGAUACAUCAAGCCAUCGACGAAGCGUCCGGUGUAGACCGACACACAUCCGGCUAAUUAUCCAUUCAUUCAACAUAAUUAUAGAUACGCUCCCGAUCACAUAAACACAUUUGAAACGUGAGCAAUUAUUCUUCAUUAUUUCGUGCUCGACUUCACGGUUCCUGCACGUUCUCCUAGACUUUCAUUUGACCUUUAUUUUUCCAGCAUCACCGGAUGUUUUUUUUUUUUUUCAGUUUUGUUCACGCGUGCUUUCUUAACACAUCUUCAUUCCCAGCUGUAGAACAAAUCGCCAUCAGCUGGGUUUGCAUCAAGUAGCACCUUGGUGACCAAAGUAGUGGAAUUUUUGUAAGCAUCUUCAAGGUGCGUUGUGCAAAGUGUCGACUAUUGUAACCUUUAAAAGCUGCCCGAUCUCUCUUUUGUCGCGGCGAGGCACGCGACAAACGAGCAUCGAACCCCCGGCAAACAAAGAGCUUUUUUUUCUCAACGUCAACAUUUUUCCUCCAUAUUCCAUAGUGAUGAGUCAUGUGUCCGUCGAGAAUGUCCACGGUCUAGAACAACAGCUCGCUGUCCUAGACUUGAAUGUGGGAGACGGACAAGGUGGUGGCACCAACAGAAGAUACAUUCCUCCACAUUUACGGAACAAAGAUGGUCCUAAAAAUGGAGGAAAUGUGUUCGCUGCCAGGGCCGGCUACACCAUCGCACCCGCCGCCGCCUUCGGUUGGGACGGGGGCCGCGGCAACUUUGUCAAUGGCUACCAUGACAACCGCAUGACUGGCGGGAACGCUUAUAACCGAGGACCGCCUCGCAUGGAGCGAGGCCGAGGGGGUGUGGGCGCAGGCGGCUAUCGUGGCAACAGAGGCGGAUCCUUCAAUCCCAUCAACACCGCUCCGCCGAUGGGCUUCGGCUUGUACGAAAACAAAGAUGCUGGCGGGUGGAACACUGCCAAGGACGCCUACAGCAGCUUUGGAAACAACAGAGGAAAAUCUGCUUUCUUCAAUGACCGAAGCAACGCAAAUCGUGGACGGUUUGACCACGGUGGCUACAGUGGCGGCGGAGGUGGGAACAGCCGCUGGGUGGAGGAGGCCAGCAGCGACGGAGACUGGUCCAAACCGACGCCGCUCAACGAACGACUCGAGCAAGAGUUGUUCUCCGCCAGCAACACUGGAAUUAAUUUCGAGAAAUACGAUGACAUUCCUGUCGAGGCGACUGGACAGAACUGCCCUCAUCACAUCGAGAGUUUCCAAGACAUAGACAUGGGUGAAAUUAUCAUGGGCAACAUUGCGCUGAGCCGCUACACACGCCCGACCCCUGUCCAGAAAUAUGCCAUUCCAAUUGUCAAGUCCAAGCGAGACCUCAUGGCCUGCGCACAAACAGGUUCUGGCAAGACUGCUGCAUUCCUGCUGCCAAUUCUCAGCCAAAUCUACACAGAGGGACCAGGAGAUGCCGUUAAUGCGGCUAAAGCCUCUGGGCAGGAGAAUGGAAAAUAUGGCCGUCGUAAGCAGUACCCCAUUUCUUUGGUCCUGGCCCCUACUCGAGAGCUGGCACUGCAGAUAUAUGAUGAAGCCAGGAAGUUUUCCUACCGGUCCAGAGUGCGUCCCUGUGUCGUGUACGGAGGAGCAGACAUCGGCCAGCAGAUCCGAGAGCUGGAGAGAGGCUGUCACCUCCUGGUGGCCACGCCCGGAAGACUGGUGGACAUGAUGGAGAGGGGCAAGAUUGGGCUAGACUACUGCAAGUACCUUGUCCUGGAUGAAGCGGAUCGGAUGCUGGACAUGGGCUUCGAGCCGCAGAUACGGCGCAUCGUGGAACAGGACACCAUGCCUCCCAAAGGAAGCCGGCAGACCAUGAUGUUCAGCGCCACCUUUCCCAAAGAAAUCCAGAUUCUGGCCAGGGAUUUCCUGGACGACUAUAUCUUCCUGGCAGUGGGACGAGUGGGCUCCACCUCCGAGAACAUCACUCAGAAGGUGGUUUGGGUGGAAGAGAGCGACAAGAGGUCUUUUCUCCUGGACCUGCUCAGUGCCACGGGCAAGGACUCGCUGACUCUGGUUUUUGUGGAGACCAAAAAAGGCGCCGACGCCUUGGAGGACUUCCUGUACCGGGAAGGUUACGCCUGCACCAGCAUCCACGGCGACCGCUCCCAGAGGGACAGAGAGGAGGCUCUGAACCAGUUCCGAUCUGGAAAAUGCCCCAUCCUGGUGGCCACAGCUGUUGCGGCUCGUGGACUUGACAUCUCCAAUGUGAAACACGUUAUUAACUUUGACCUGCCCAGUGACAUUGAGGAGUACGUUCACCGUAUUGGACGCACAGGACGAGUGGGAAAUCUGGGACUGGCCACAUCGUUCUUCAACGACAGGAACGGGAACAUCACUAAAGACCUGUUGGACAUCCUGGUUGAAGCCAAACAGGAAGUUCCUUCCUGGCUGGAGAGCCUGGCCUAUGAGCACCAGCAUAAGAGCAGCAACCGCGGACGCUCCAAGAGGUUUGCUGGUGGUUUUGGAGCACGUGACUAUCGUCAGACGGCCGCCGGAGUCAACGCCGGAGGCUUUGGAGGGCGUGGCGUUCGGAACCAAGCGGGACACGGAGGAGCCCGCGGCUUUGCAGGAGGCGGCUUCGGAACCUUCUACACGAGCGACGGCUACGGAGGCAACUACUCGCACUCUCAAGUUGACUGGUGGGGCAACUAGACCAUGAAUUCUCUCACACAUUUUGUCUUUCUUCCUUUCUCAACUCUGCCGUCUUCACCACAUCUGCCGCCCUAGUUGACAUUUAGAACCUGUGUGCAUGCUCUACAAAUAUACUCAUUAUUCAGCACCCCCACAACCUACCUGGACAAUGUAAUCUACAUUUAUUUCAUGCUAAAAGCUCACAACAGACAACAUGGUAAAAGUAUUCUUCCGUUCGGUUAUUUGGCAACAUUCCCCCUGUAGGAUGUUUUCUUUGUCACUUUUAAUAUUUGAGUUUUAGCUCUGUUUUGUUCUGCCCUCACUCAGUCACACAGACUUCCUGCGAGCUGCUCCCGAUCCACGCGUCAUCUUUGUGUUGAAUGCAUGUCCGCCAUACAAGUAAAACGUACACAACUGAGACAUGAAACAAAUUCGGAAAUGGGAACUGGCGGAGGCCUCCAUCUGGAAGAGAGGCCACAAAUAUUGCUCUUAUUUUUUAAACCCUUUCUUUUAAUUGAAGUGCAGAUGUCUUAGAUUUGUGAGGAGACCCAGGAAGUUCUGGGAUGGAAAUUGGAACGCUAGCAAGCAUUGUUGCUCAUCACUUGAAAUGGAAUCGUAGGACUUGUGCUUUACUUGGAAAAAAAAUAACAACAAAGUAAAAUCAUUUGUUUCUGUACUGUGCCUUCAAGAAUUCAAGCAUUGGCUUUUCUUAUUUCUGUUCUGUGAAAAACACACAUUUAAUGUCAUGUAUAGGUUUGUUAUCUUGAUUUCUCUUUGGAAGGAAACAAGCUAGACUUGAACUAAAUCAAACCUUGGCAAAACAAAACUAAACUUGGUAAAACCGCCAUGAGGAAACUACAAGGUGAUUCCUCGUUCUCUGAUCCGGUUCCUAAAAGCAUCAAGUUCAACCCUCCUGCAGUAGGCUUUCUGCUUUGAGAAAUCGGAUGUCAAUCUUGUGGCUCUGCUUUGAGCUGGAAGUCAAGAAGUUCCUGGCGCAGUCGCCAAAAGUUGGCAGGUCAGUAACUGCGCCACUAAGCAGUGCAGCGGUCAAACUUCAACGCAUCAAACUUUUAAGAUGUACAUUUUCUUUUUCUUCUCCCCGAUCGAUUGGUGACCUUGCUGCUGCUGUUUUGUGAAGUUCCAUUUGUCAGCGCACGUCUGUCGUGCCAACUCUUGGCGUCCGUACGCUCCUGGGAACCUGACUCCGCCUACAGCCGCAAACUUUGAAGCCCUUCUUGGCCAAAAGCGUCUUUCAAGGGGAAACGCAACUCGAAAGACUCCGAGAUCCAAAAUUCCCUGCUCACUCUAUCCUGGAGAGUCACAUGAAGAGUUUUCUCUUACAAGAAAAAAAUCAUUCCAGUAUUGCUUUGAGUGUUUUUGGAUAAAUCGCGGUCAGGGAUGAAUGCAUACGUCGGGCCCGAGUGUCUCCCAGCAGGGCAGCCGCUGGGAGGCAGCUAGAGGACUGAGGCAAACACGAGAAAUAGUUUGCUUACUUUUGAAGGUUUGACAUCGGCCCGCCCAGUCUGUUUCUCCAAACCACACUUUGAUGAGGAGGAUGAGGAUGAUGGGCCACACUCACAUUUUGCCCCACCUGGCGAGUAGCCGCGCUAGACGACCGAAAGCCACAAAUCGGGGACUUGCCCCGUUUUGCGCGUGGCCCUGCUGCGGAACCAGGCCGUGUCUCGUCGAGGAACGCCACCUUUCAUUCCUAGUGUCAAGUCAAAAAGCAGGGUGCAAAUGGAUUUUAUUUACAUGGAGAUCUUAAACACAUUAACAUGUAGAUAACGUGUACAUAGUUGAAAUUAUGCUCGGUCGCAAUGCUGGACUCGACAUUGUCUCGAGAGCCGAGUUCAGUGGACAUUUAGAUUCCAUUCAAUAGAUUUCCUCAAACUUGCUCACUGGCUUUGAUGAAAACAGCCAAGCUGUGGGCUAAGACAGUAGGACAUAUGCAAGUGUUGUUGUUUUUUUUUGGUCAAGCAAUUUAGACAUGCAAAAACAAGUGUUAAGAGUUCUCCAGCCAGGUUUUUAGUUAUGCUGGUGGGGGAGGGGAGGGGAGGGUACCCCCUUUUUUUCGGUUCCGUUUGUUGUUGUUUUUUAACUGCGUUUCAGUGGGAGGUAGUAUUCAGUUGAGUAGUUUGUUUGGAGGUCACAUUCAUUGUAGAAAAAGUCCCCCCAAAGCAGCAUUUUUGUUUCGGUGUAGUGAAGAGAGCUCGUGCACAUCAUCAUGUAUCCCAUGGAAGCUGGUUCUCCCUAUUGUGAGCUUUCUAGAGAUGUGUUCACAUACAGCCAGUUUUGGGGAUUUCAGUCCUUGUGGUUGAGCUGCAGGAGGUUGCAGGCAAAAUGGCAGAGAAACAUUUUGACCAGAAUUGUUGCGCACCGGGUCGCUCGCUGUCAUGGGAGUGAACGCGCACUCGACACCGAGCAGACGGUAGAGUUGCAAAUGACAAUCGGUUGAGGACUUAAUUCUCAUUUCUUCCGUGGCGCUUUCCCCCUCCCCCUGGGUUUUGAUGACAUCUCAACAUGUCUCAUUCACCAGGGAUCUUUUUGUGAUUUGCGUGCGCUUCGUACGCUCGCGAACGCUGACAUGCUCGGUGCCUUGAAAUUCUUCCUUCCAGACUCAAGCGAGUGUUGUUCUCACACAGGCACUUGUUUAUACCUUCCCUAUCACUUUAGCUGCUCGUAAAUGUCUAAACCUGCAACCCGAUGUUGUUUAUUUGCAGCAGGUUAGCCCGCUGAUGUUAGCAUUUAGCUUAAAGCACUAAUUGCACAGUUUCUAGCGUAGCUGUGGGUUUUUCUGCGUUUUCUGGGUCUGUCGUUGCCAUCUGGUGGCGAAGCGCGGUACGUCACACAUAGCCUCCAUAGCAAAUCAUUUACCUUGCGAUGCCUUAAAUUCAAGACGGAUUGUCCGGAUAAAAGUGAUAUUGGUUACACUUUGUAAUGUCUUAGCUUGGAGUCGGUUGUAUCGAUUGCACCGCCACGGCAGAGAAUUCAGACUUUUAAGACGAAGAAGUGUGGUGUUGGGGAACAAUUUAAUGGUGCUAUGCUCUCCCUUUGCUGCGGCCUCCAGGCCUUCUGUUUGUAGAAAGACUGAAAAUCCUACUUUAGUUUUGACAAAAAGUACUUCAAAUGUCUUCUGUAGCCCGGGUACUCCAACGCCUCUGAAGAGGUGCAUAUGAGCGAGUGUUUAGAGUUGCCAAAAGAAAAGACUUCUCAGUAGUGAUGCGUGUGUGUGCGUGCGUGCGUGCGUGUGUGUAAAAGGAUGUUCCUGAUGUGAAUCUCUGUUUGUGGGGACUGGUUUGUGUUUUAGUUCAGAACCACGGCAAGAUCCAGCUGUUUGCACCCAAAGUUCUUGUCUACUUUCGGUAGUUUGUGUAAUUUAUCAAACGUUUUUGAGAAAUAUUUAUUUUUAUAAGCCUAGUGCAAAUGUUUAAAAAAGUGACUUGACCAAAAGACAGUGAACAAAAACACUGGCACAUGAAUGUUGGAUGUCAUUGGUACGAGUGAAAAUUUCUAUUUUUCUGGGGUAGUGUGAGCUUUUUAAUAACGGCGUAAUAGGCUCUCUCUGAGUCCGUCGCGUGACGAGCUGGGACGGCACACUCUUGCCGAACCAUUAGCUCGAACGGCAUCAGCGCUCGCAGAUGUGACGCGCGGAGAGAAACCGAUUACCUUGAAAGUCUCAUUGGACUCAGUAUCAGAUCCACCAACCUGUUUGUACAACAGGUUCCGAUGCCAAUCGUGAUGACGACGAUGAUAAUAACACACCAUUAGCAGCCAUUUUCAAUUGGCCCCCAAAAAAUUUAAAUUUGAAAGAAUUCCACCAAAUAUGCCAAGGUUUGGAUUAAAUUGUAAGAAUCAAAAACCAUUUUGUAAGAAAAAAGAAAAAGAAAAAACAAACAUGCAGUACAAACAUGUCCAGAUUCGCGCCAAGUCAGUUUUGUUGUCGUCGUUCAUUUGUUUUGACACUUUUCCUUCCUGUUAAUACCUGUCGUGUGAUUGUCUAUCAAGUGGGGAUGUUCAAAGUCUGUAACACAGAAGUAAGUGUGCUUCUAUUGCUAUGUUCUUGUGAUCUGCAUAUUUUCAGGCACAGCGUGCUCAAGCGCUCACUGCCGAGCGUCCGGCCAGUCAGGAAAUGGGCGAACGAUGUACGGUGAUACCAUUCGAUCUCGUUUUCCGUUUCACUGUCGUAGCUCUUCUGCCUUUGUGGUCUAGAAUGCACAUUCCCCAUCGGUGGCACGUCAAAGAUAUGCAGCCUUUUCUAUUCCCAACUUUGUAAAUGUGAGUUGAUGGCCCUUUAAGUUGUUUACAAAUGGCAACCUGGGGAGGAAGAAAAUACCCUACAGAGAGCCAACUGAGGUGAUAUGGCGACAGCAAACACUUUUGGGUUUUAUUCAGUAAGGUGAUUGAUUGCGAGGAAAUCUCUGUUGUACUCCCAGUGUGUGAAGCCUGAUGUUGCCCCAUGACUGACUGGCCAGACAGUUCAGCGUGGACACACGGCGCCACCAGCCUGCUAGUUAGUAUUUGCUUUAUGUAUUAGUUUAGCAGUUGUGCACGAUAAGGAGCACUAAAGGAAAAAAAAAAAAAAAAAAAAAACUAUUGUGCAUCCAUUGUGAUUUUACCACAAUUAAAGGUUUGGAUUUGCAAAACUAA